GACAAAAGUAACUUACUUUUGAAUUAAAAAGUUGUUAAAAUUUGCUACAUUAAAAGUUUUUUUCUUGUUUUGAAAAUGAAAACUUUUACUGCUACAGUUUUUGAAAAUCUCAUUGCUCACUGAUUUAAAAGUUUUUACUUUUAAUUCGACUGAAAAAUUUCUUUCAUUUUGACGUUCUCGUGUAACCGUGUACGCCUAAGUCGUAAAUGUAAACAAACACUUUGGUGGGUCCGGUGGUGCUGGUGAGUCUAGGACGCAAAGCAAAGCCGACCGCGGCAGCAGCCAGGACUCGGACGCGGAAACGCAGCCAGGACAGCGGAACGCCUUCGAAGGAGGGUGGUGCAGGAGCGGGACGAGGUCGAGUGCUCGAAAAGGACAAGGCCAGCUUCCUGCAGGAACUGCAGCUGUUCCACGGCCGGAAUGCGAUGAGAGGUAGGAAUGUGGAUUCGCACCGGUUUUAUUGGGUGGUGGUGGCCCGGGAUUGGUGGUUGAAGGUCAAUUCGCGUGACGACUGGGGCGAGAUCAUCGAGGAGAUGGCACUGCCGAAGCGUUGCGUGAACAACGAGAUUGCGUUGAAGAAGAUUAACUUCCGGUUUUUGGACAAGUACGCGAAAGUUUAUUUUCACGAAGGGCCUCCGACGAAGAGGAGGACGACGAAAAGCUACAUAAUCGGAGGUGGUCAGCGGAGAUGUUGCACUCGGUGCCGGCGGUUUACAGCACCGCAACCCGCUCACAAACACUCACGUCGCGACGGCGCAGCUUCAGCCGAAUGAAUCUGGACAGUGAGCCAAAAAAAAAUCUGUGUCAUUCUCGAAGUAGGAUUACGUGCUCAAAAUCGAACUCCGUUCCGAGGGCCUCAUCAACUCCAUGUUCCGGAUGCGCUUCCAGGAUCGGGAACGUCGACCACCCUUCCCGAAUCAAUGGCCAACUCCUCCAAGACUGUCCUGAUUGCGGCCGGAAACGUGACCAUCGUGUUACACUGCUGUCGCGCGUCGAAGCCUCCAUCCGGAACCAUCCAGCCUGGGGUAUUCGGAAGUGACCGGUGGCUUACAGUAUGAAGCAGAAGCUAGUGGAGAAGCGAUAAAUACAAAAAAAGUGUUUUUCUAACAUACUGUUUAAAUUUUUUUUAAAUAAAUUUAAAAAACCAAGCACAUUUUUCUGAAAUUAUCCCUGUAGUGCUAAAUGUUGUGUAUUCUUGCCAUAAAAAGUUUCUUUUCCAAUUAAAGGUAAAAUACUUUUACCAAUACAACGAUUUUGUUCCAUAAAUGCAUGGUAGUAUCAAAAACUUUCCAACUUUUAAAUUGAAAAGUUUGAACUUUCUACGAAUAUUCACCAACGCGAACUUUUAAUCCAACGAACGAUCUUUUUAAAUUUAGAGUAAUUUUUCUUUG